AUGUGUCCAAAUGUUCAGAAGAUGGAAUGUCCAACUGUCGAAAAUGUUAAAUUACUGCUCGAAUGCCAAAGGAUUGUGUCUCAAAGUAAGGUUGUUCCACAUAUUCUACUCAUAAAUACAAUUUUCAUCGCUGUUAAGGUUUACUAUGAACGUCUGGUGCAGCGAACGGAGGAUGAAGCUCGAAGAAUUCUAAAUUUUCUCGACGUACCAUGGACGGAUGAUGUGCUGCGACAUGAAGAGAAAAUUGGUAGUGAGGUGAAAUUGAAUCCGGAAGAGUUUUCUACCUCUCAAGUAAAGGAAAAAGUGAAUAAAAAGGCAUUGACUUCAUGGUUUGGUUGCUACUCCGACGAUGUUUUAAAGGAUAUUGAUAAGCUGGCUCCACUAUUACGACAAUUAGGUAAAGAAAAGGAACACAGGAAACGAUAUAUGUGGCAGAGCACUGUGCCUUUUACUUUAGGCUAUAACACAUCAGCUCGAGAGCCCGAUUAUGAAGAGUUUGCAGGAAAAGCGGCAGAUUUCUACUCCAAUGUAUACAAGUUGUAA